AUGUCCCGACCCUUUCCAUACACCUAUAUAUCCUGUCCCUGUGUAGACACGCCGGUCCCUGACCCGUCCAAGAAGCGAAGGUCUCGAGAAACGCCGCAGAAAUCCACCCCAGAGCGGGAUGCUGAGACCAAGGAAGAUCAGGACAAGACAAACCUACCAAACGAGGAGGCUGAAGAGGAAGAGGAAGAACAGACAUUCGAUCCGCGAUCUCCUCGGUCUAAUUUCUCCUUAUACCCACCUGAACAACUUUUAUACUGCGAGGAUUGCCACGAGAUCAAGUGUCCACGAUGCAUAACGGAGGAGAUUGUGAGCUGGUACUGUCCCAAUUGCCUGUUUGAGACACCAAGCAGCAUGGUGCGUAGUGACGGUGGUCGGUGUGGGCGAAAUUGCUUCAAUUGCCCCGUCUGUACAGCACCGCUGGCUGUGAGUACCAUUGAGAACGUCACCGGAAACGGUAGUGGUCAAGGUCCUUGGGUUCUGUCGUGUGGCUAUUGCCUAUGGACAACACUCGAUAUUGGUAUCAAGUUCGACAAGCCCACCAACAUCCGCAGCCAGUUGCAGAAGAUGACCGAUUCAACAACCACGCCUACGUUUGACGGCCGGUCGCGACAGGGAUCGCGCGCCUUCGGCGAUUUGAAGUCACCCUUGUCUAACUUUGCAUCUAUUGAUGAACAAUCCAAUUCUGGCGAACGCGAUGGAGAGCAGCCUGCUUCCAAGGAAACCCCGAUACCUACACCUCACCUCGGCGCAGAAGCCCGGUUUGCUGCCUUGAAAUCUUUCUAUCGUACACAAAUAUCAGAGACUUCCAAUUCUCCAAGCGAUCCUCUCAGCUCAGAAUUUGGAUUCUCAUCGCCUGGAGCAUUGAACCGACUGAUGUCCCUCUAUGCAUCUUCUUCACGGCUGAGCGGAUUGUAUGGCGGCAACAAGAAACCCAAAUCCAAGCCCCCGGUCAUGCGUGAGGCUCUCACUGCCAGUGAGGGCCUCCGUAUUGCCUCUGAGGACACUGAUUCGGGACUUAUUCAGCGUAUCGCUUCCUCGGAUUGCGGCUGGGAUGGCGUCGCAUCUCUCGGCCAACGUAUAGAGCAAUCGCCUGACGUACGAUUUGUGGACGAGCUCCUGCCGCUUCCAGUCCUCCUGCGCACGAAACGCGCGAAGCGCUGCAAGUCAUGCAAGCACAUUCUAGUGAAACCCGAGACUAAGCCUCAGUCCACGCGUUUCCGCAUUCGCCUCAUUGCGUUGAGCUAUAUCCCGCUGCCGACUCUACGUCCUCUUGCCCAGCCUUCAACAUCUUCGAUUACAGGCUCGGCCCCAGCUCCAGAUCUGAAUGCCCUAUCUCCCCUUCGGCCUUACCAUGUCCUUCUUACUCUGAAAAACCACAUGUUUGACCCCGUUCGCAUCACACUUGCUACGCCCUCCGUGACCCCGGGCGUGGUGGCAACUAAGGUUACUGUGCUUUGUCCGCAGUUCGAAAUCGGCGCCAACAGCGACGUAUGGGAUGAGGCAUUGCAGAAUGCGACUGCACCGCUCAGUGAUCGGAUUAUAGGUAUGCGUGGCGGCGAGAAAGUUCCCGAGGCCGGGAAGGUCUGGGAAAAGGGCCGAAAUUGGACUACAGUCGUGUUGGAAGUGGUUCCAGGAACAUUGCCGGGCACGCAGGCAGAAGGCGGCCAGGCAAUUGACAGUGACAUCGUGGCUUCGUUCCAGAAGGAUGAGGAUGUACUAGAGAUCCCGGUGUUUGUGCAUAUGGAAUGGGAUGCGGAGGCACAGCUUGAACAGCAGAACGUUGGGAAGGCGUCGAAACCAGAUGAUCUGGUGGCUCGAGAGCUGGCUUACUGGAUGGUUCUGGGCGUUGGAAGGAUCCAGGCCUCUUUGUAG